UGCUUUUUGUUUAAAAUAGUUUGGAAACGUUGGACUUGGUCUCCUUGUCUCUUUAAUAACUUGUGAACUUGAAUACCUUGUCGUCCCGGUGGUGGUGGCAUUGGAAUAAGGUGAAUCAAUGUUAUUUUGUCGAUGGUGUCAUAACCUUUUGAUGUUGGAAAGACAACAGGACUCGUUUCGUUUUAUAUGCAGAACGUGUCCUUUUUAUUACCAAGUAGAAGGAAAGAUGGAAAGAAAGGUAUUUGGUUUACAGAAAAAGCAGGAAGCUGAUAUAUUGGGUGGUGAUAAACAAUGGGAGUUGGCCGACCAAACAGAUACCUUGUGUCCACGUUGUUCUCAUGGAAAGGCUUAUUUCUUUCAAAUGCAAACGCGUUCGGCAGACGAACCUAUGUCAACGUUCUAUCGCUGUGUUCAUUGUGGACAUCAGUGGAAAGAAAAUUGAAUACUGGAACAUAUACUUGUGGAGUUAUGUAUCACUACAACUCGUAAAAUUCUAAUAUGAAAUAGAUUGAUU